AUGAGCGUCCCGCUGGCUCCCCGCCACCACCAGCCCCCUUCCAGCUGCAAUUUCGCUCAGCGCAGGCGUCCAUCACAUCGGAUUGGCUGCCCAUCGAGGGCGUUCCUCUCUACGGCGACGAGCAGAAAAUCCUUGUCUCCGACCAUCGCUUGCGCCACCACAGGGAAGAUGGCGUGGUUUUCCGGCUUUGGCGUGCGUGGCUCCCGCCAUGCAGCAGUCACCAGGUCAAGGAUGAUGCACGAGUGCGCCACUUCAGUGGCGAGGCCCCAAGAAGUCCACGUAGAGAUAGAAGGAAUCUCAGCCUGUCAUUCAGCACGCCACGAGCCUGUCUAG